AUGGAGCCCCCGGGGGAGGCGCUGGGUGGCGCCGGAACCCGAGGGCGAGCUGAGCUCCCCCGGGGCCGGCAGCAACCUGAGUCAGCCCCGGGGCGGCAGGCAGCUGCGAGGAAUCCCCCGGAGCCGGCGCCGGAGCCCCCGCUGCCUGCGGCUGCGGCCCACGUCCUGCAGAGCCAGGACAUUUCACACUUGCUGACAAACCUCUUCAAGAAUCUGUACACUCUGGAUGUGAUUGGAGAAGACAUCGGGAUGAACCUCAUUAAAUCCCGGGGUGGCGAAAACAUCCAGCAUGAGAAGUUUGUGGACGAGCUGCAGAAGCUUCGAGAUGAAUACGCCCAGAAGUUAGCAGACACAGAUGUGGUGGAGAGGCACAUCAUCCAGGCCCGGGCUCGGGCCACAGCAGAGGAAGAACGGAUUCUAAACAACAUCAAGGCCCAGGGAUUUGGGAUCGUCCAUUUGCCUCCAGUGAAGUCCACCUUCAGAUGGUGCGUGGAUAACGGCCUGCUGAAGAAGAACAAUUUGAUCUGUCCCAGCGACUACCUCCGGGAUCCUGCGCCCAUUUCCCGAGCGCCUAAAGGCCUCACGCAGGCCCUGGAUUCCUGGAGGAUCCCGUGGAAGGGACCCCUUCAUGUGGACCUGCGCGGGGAGCUGCUGACCUUUGGGUUGGCGGGCCGGCUAAUUCGUUCUGUCCGUUCCCUUGGUGAUAGCCGCGGCUUCCUUUGGCCCACAGGAGAGGACAUCUCAGAGUGCUACAAGCUGACCUUUAGCUGCAAACAGCACAGUAUAGCCACUGAGGAAGUUCAAAAAGUCACAGAGAUAGUCAGCAAGAAGCUUCCAGCCAUCCCUUCCGAAGUGUCCUUGUCCACCCUCACAAAGUGCUCGACACCAGAAGUGAAGCCCCCCAAGGUUGUCAAGAAGUGCCGCUGCCCCAAGAAUAAGAUGUGGAUGAAUCAUUUAAACACCGCCCAGAGGGUCCAGGAGCGACAACUUCUUAACAGAUUCGAGAACCAGCAUCAAUUUCUCAAGAACCCGCGCUUUUACCCACCUAACACUGCGAAUGGAGGCAAGUCCCUCAUCUUUCCUCUCAAGAAGACAGGACCGAUGGGAGAUGAGCGGAAUGUUGAGUUCAGUGAGAGAAAUGUUGAUGAUGCUCCAGUGUUUCUAGCUAAGCCAGCAGUGGUUUUUUUUACUGAUUAUGUAGUUGGACCGGUUUACGAGAUUGUGCUUGAGCUGCAGAACAUGACGUCCACCAGCCGCCACCUGAGAGUGCUUCCUCCGUCCACGCCGUACUUUUCCCUUAGUUUAGGAAAGUUCCCGGGAAGAGGAGGCCUGGUGGCCCCCGGCAUGAUCUGCCGCUACACCAUCCGCUUUGCUCCUGACAGCCUUGGAGAUUUUGAUGACUUUAUUUUAGUGGAGACUCAGUCUGCCCACACACUUCUGAUCCCCUUACAAGCCAGGAGACCCCCUCCAAUACUGACAUUGACACAAGCCUUAAACUGUGGUUACUGCCUCGUUGGGGGAAUAAAAAUGACUGGAUUCAUCUGCAAGAAUGUGGGGCUGAGCCCGGGCAGGUUCUGUAUCAUGCCGAAGUUGUCCUGGCCACCUCCUAGUUUCCGGGCUGUUGCUCCUGUGGGCUUUGUGGAGCAGGCACCAUUUGGCAUUCUGCCCGCUGUGUUUGAACUCAUCCCAGGACAAGCCCUCUUACUGGAGGUGCUGUUUCUUCCAACUUCCCUGGAAACUGUGGAGAAACCCUUCAUCAUUGUGUGUGACAAUUGUCAGAUCAAAGAAGUCAUCAUUUCAGGAACGGGCCAACUGGUCGCCUUGGAGCUGCUCUAUGUGUCCGGUGAAGCCAGCUGCCCUGAGCCAGGGGAACUCACAGACCUGACUGCUCAGCAUUUCAUCCGCUUUGAGUCCCAAAACAUCCAGACCACAGCCUCCAAACACCUCAUUAUAAGAAACGUCACGCACGUGGCUCUACCGUUCCACUGGCAGAUUAUGAAACCCAAUUUACUACCCCUGAUGCCAGGAGAGGUUUGGACCUGGAAGGACAUCAAGUACUACCCUGAUGCAGAGACCGCCUUCUAUGUUACGCCCCAGAAGGGCGUCCUGCAGCCUCACUCCGACCACGAGUUCAUCCUGAGCUUCUCUCCCGAACAGCUGAAGGAUUACCACAGUGUGAUCCAGAUUGUGCUGGAGGAGAUCCCAGACCCCAUUCGUCUAGAACACGAGAACACCUGCGAAUUACCUUACACCGCAGAUGAUGUCAUCGCCCUGGAAAUUGAGGUGAAAGGCUCCACCGAGCCCUUCCAGAUUCUGCUGGAGCCCUAUGCCGUCAUCAUUCCCGGAGAAAACUACAUCGGAGUCAACGUGAAGAAAGAGUUCAAGAUGUGGAACAAUAGCAAAUCCGCCAUCCAGUACACGUGGGGGAAAAUCAGCGACUGCCACAUCGUGGAAGUGGAGCCCUACACCGGGACCAUAGAGCCCAAUGAAAAGGGCGAAUUUGAAUUGAAUUUCACUGGAGGGGUCCCUGGGGUGACGAGCCAGGAGCUGCUCUGUAAGAUCGAGCGCUCCCCGGUCCCUGUAGUGCUGCACAUUGAGGCUGCCUUCAAGGGGCCCACGCUUAGCAUCGAUGUCUCAGCCCUGCGCUUUGGUCUGGUUCGACUGGGGAAGAGAGCCAUCGGCUUUAUAAACAUUCAGAACACAAGCCAGCUCCCCGCAAAGUGGAAGAUGCAAGAGAGCGCAGCGUGCCUCGAGGAGAGGAAGGGAAAGGUUUCUCCCUUCAUCAUAGAGCCACCCCGGGGCCAUAUUCCUCCUUUGGGAGAGCACCGUGUGACCAUUACCUUUGAGGCCAAAUGCUGCCAAAGCCUCCAGACGGUCUUAGAGUUACAGGUGGAAAAUGGGGAACCAAGCUACCUACCCGUCUAUGGCGAAGUGCAGCGACCUUACGCGUAUCUGAUGUGCAGCCAGCUCCUGCUCACCAACAUGUACUUUGGUGUCCCCACUGAGGCGACCGUCACGCUCUUUAACGGGACCCUCCUGCCCACCAAGUUUCUGUGGGGGAAGCUCCUGGGGACUCAUUCUGGUCUCUGCCUGGCGGAAGUCUGCCCCAGACGCGGCCUGUUGGGCCCCAAUGAGGAGAAGCAGCUGAAUUUGCAGUUCACGGCUUUCACUAUGGACGAGCUGACAGACCUUGCCCUCCCGUGUCAAAUUGAAGGGAUGAAGAAAUCUCUUGUUCUAGGCAUUUCGGGGAAGCCCAAGGGGCUGGAUGUGACCUUCUCGAUACCCCAGGCUGAUGGCAAAAGCAGUGAGGACCAAGAUCCGGGCAGUCCUCAGGAUCUCUACUUGGACUUUGGCUCGAACAUUCCAUUGAGAUAUCUACUGAAGCGCCAGCUGAUCCUGACCAACAAUUCAGCAAUAAAAGCAUCCUUUUCCCUCGAGUUUGAUUAUUUUGGGGUCACCGAAGAAAUCUGGGACAAAAAGCCAAAGCUGCCUGAUGUACCACCCUCCAUGAGACACUCAGUGAGGAUUGCGAAGCACAUGGCCAGGAGGGAGCUUCUGGACUCUAUGGAAACUCUCUUAUCCAAAGGGAAAGGAGCCGCCUUCUUUCUUCACAUCUCCCAAGGGACAUUGGACGCCUUCCAGAAACUGACCAUUGACAUCACUGCGUGUAGCAACAUGUGGGGAGACUACCAAGAUGAGCUCAUCUGCAAGGUGGAAGACCUGCCGCCCACCAUCAUCCCGGUCCAUAUGGGUGUGGUGGGCUGCCCCAUCACAUUGUUUCGGACGAGCCACCUGGCCGACGAGCCUCCCCAGGACCAAGUCAUCAGGUUUGGCACCCAGAUCUCUGGAGGAGACGCCGUCUCCCGCACUCUCCGCCUGAAUAACUCCAGCCCUUGUGACAUCAGAAUAGACUGGGAGCCCUAUAACCCAGAAGACAGUGAGGAUAAACUGCUGGACUUCUUGGUGGUGUAUGGGACACCCUUCCCCCUGAGGGACGCUGCUGGGGUGGAGAUCAAUUCCAAGGAAGAGCCUGUGAGUGACACAUCCUUCGUGUCCAGCUCUGGCCAGUCCUCCACCUCCCUGGGCAGCGUGACCACAUUGGAAGCUCAACCCGGGUCCAGAAUGGUGGGUGAAGAACCUUUCCCGCUCACGGCCGACGGGAACCCCAAGAUCAUCUCGGUGAUCCUGCAGACCCACGACGGGGUCCGCUCUGACAGCCCCUACACCAUCACUCCCAAGCAGCUGGUGAUUCCAGCUUCUGGAAGCAACUUCAUCCACAUCUCCUUCACACCCAUGGUCCUGCCAGGAUCCGUCAGCAAGAUGGUGUGCAACAGCUACAUCUUGGGCUUCAUGAGCCUGGACAACAAGAUAGCGCGAGAGAUCCCAGGAAAGGUGAAGCGUCCACAGAAGUUUGAUGCUGAGCUCUUCCGGCUGGACCUGCAGGGCCUUGUCAGGCCUGCUCGGCUAAGCAUUGAACAGGACUAUGAUGGGGGAAUGGUGUUCCACAUGCAGGCGAGUGACCUCAUCCCACCCGAUCCGCUUACAGGGGUGCUCACUGAGUUGGUGACCACUCACCGCCUGAAACUCAACAACUUCACUGAAGUGGCCCAUUGCUUCGGGCUCUUGGUGGCCGCACCAUUCUCUGUGACUGGAAUCAACCCCGAAUACAACCGGAGGACCUGGGACAGGGAGGAGGAGGAAGAGGAGCCGGCCGGCGAUCAGUUUGUACUCUGCCCUCAGCAGAACAUGCUGAUUGAGGUAUCCUUCUCGCUGUCUCUGGAGUUACUGACGUAUCAGAAGCUGCCUUCGGACCAGAUGCUGCCGGGAGUGAAGAUACUUCAAGAUGAGGAUGGUGCCAAAAAAAUGGAGUUCAGUCAAGACCUGGUGUUGGAGUACAGCAACGGGACCACCCAGGUGGUGCCCCUCCUGGCCACUGUGGCCAUCCCCUCCCUGCAGCUCUCUACCAGCUGGGUGGACUUUGGCACCUGCUUUGUGAGUGAGAUGUACACCCGAGAGGUCACUCUACUGAACCUGAGCCCCUGCAGGAGCCACUGGAUGGCUUUGAUGGACAAGCAGGAGCGUCACAAGGCUGUCUUCCAAAUCUACCCGACCAGCGGCAUCCUGGAAGCUCGGAAAGUCAACUCCCCACCGACCUCCAUGAGUCUGUACAUCCAUUUUACCCCCAGUGACAGCACUGAGUUUGAAGCGGUUGUGAUGGUGGACGGCAUCCUGGGAGAGGCCUGCAUCUUGCAUGUGCGUGGGCAAGGCUCCUAUGAUGAGAAAUACUAGAUGCUGGUGCCAACCGGGCCGGCUCCAUCCCAGGGAGUCUGCCUCACUCGAGCAGGAGGCAUUAAUAAACUCCGAGAAUGCCUCGCCUGCCCUUCUCCUCCUCUGCGGGG